AUGGGUCAAUUCGACUGGUUCCGAUCCAUUGGCGCCACGCCCGAGGCCGUCGCCGUACUGAACGAUCAGCCCAUUCUCUUCACCAUCCUCCUGGUUGCCCUUCUCGCCAUCAUCCUUGAGUGCGUCCUGCUCUGGUACAUUCACUUUGCGACCUUGAAACCCGAACAGCAGAAGAAGAAGGAGCCUAGGAAGGGGGCCAAGGGCGGGAAGAAAUAG